GACCUCGCUCGGCGCUUGGCGGCUCUUGGCGUGCCUGAUGAGUGGUUUGCCCGCGGCAACACCGGCACCCCCCCCCGCUGGUCCUCCCUCUCUCCUCGCCCCACUCCUCAGGAAGUUCGUACCUCCCCUCUUUUUCAGCCCGUCUCCUCCCCCUUGGCCCACCAGGCCGUCUCUCAGCAUCAGCAGCAGCAGCAGACUCCGCAGCAGAUCCUGCCGCAGCCGUUUCAGCAGCAGCAGCAGCAGUUCCAGCAGCAGCAGCAGCAGGGGCAGCAGCACCUCUUCUCCCAGUUGCAGCAGCAGCUCCAGCAGCUCCAGCAGCAGCUUGACCUCCAGUCACAGCUCCCCCUUGCACCUCCUCCUAUGGCUCCCCCCAGCAGCCCUACCCCGCUUGGACCGCCGGCACCGCCGCUUCCGCAGCUCACCUCUCGGGCGCGUCUCCCGCGCCCUCAGCCACAGGCAGUGUGACUCCUUUCCCCUCCUCUGGUUUUGUUGGCAUGGGCCAUCGCUACAUGCUUGUUCUAGUCGAUGAUCACAGCCGAUAUUCGUCCGUCUCCCUUCUUCGCUCGAAGGGUGAUGCUUCGGCUGCGAUCAUCGCCUGGCUCAAGCAGGCGAGCACCCACUUUGGCCGCCCUGUGCGCCGCCUUCACUCUGAUGGCGGUGGUGAAUUCCUUAAUCGUCAGGUAGCCUCCUACUGUGAGCUUCAUGGCAUUCGCCAGACUCACACCCUCCCCCACUCCCCCCAGCAGAAUGGUGUGGCCGAGAGCCGUGUUCGGGAGAUCACCAAGAUUGCUCGGUGCCUCCUCGUCCAUGCCUCUUGCCCCCCUUCUCUGUGGGGCUAUGCCCUCCUUCACGCCACCCUCCUUACUAACCUGUACCCCCACCCUAUCCUUCCCUCCACCACUCCCACCGAGCUCUGGACGUCGUUUCCUCCGCAGUCGGGAUGUAGUCUUUGAUGAGUCCACACCCUACUAUUCCACUCCUCCCCCCACUGACCCUCUCGCCCCUGCUCCCAGGCCCCUCAACUGGUCCGACACUAUCCCA